AUGUUGGUUACUUCUAUCUUCGUUUUCCUUUCCCUAGGUUCAACUGGUCUCGGUUGGGAAUGGGGAAAGAGUGGAAAAUGGUCUAGUAAGCAGAGGACUACUUGCCACGGUGGAGAGUCGACCAUCAAUUACACGUCAAUUGCUGGCUUCUUUCAGCAGGAUGACUCCUCCACUGUUGCAAAAACCUUUGACUACACUACAAGUAAUUACGGGCUUAUUAACCGGACGUAUCCUACCGAUGAUGAGUUAGAUUCAGCGAAUGAGAAAACGCAAUGGGAACGUUUUAUGUAUUAUGUGAACACUCUCAACCGAGAUUGCGACAAGAACACCCAAUACAAGGUCUUAUUCAUGGCUCGUCACGGCGAGGGUUAUCAUAACGCGGCAGAAUCUUAUUACGGUACCCCUGCUUGGAAUUGCUACUGGGGACCACUUGAAGGGAACGGCACGACAACCUGGAGAGAUGCUCGGCUGACCGAUGCUGGUAUAGCUCAAUGCACCAAGGCAAACGCCUUCUGGAAAAAUGCCUUAGCUGUUGAAAAGAUUCCGGCCCCGGCGUCCUACUACAGCAGCCCCCUAGUCCGUUCUAUGACCACGGCGAACUUGACCUUCAAUGGCCUUGACCUCCCGGCCGGAAGACCCUUCGUGCCAACGAUCAAGGAAUAUCUUCGCGAAGGCAUAUCUAUGCGUACUUGUGACGAACGGUCGAACAAGACGUACAUCCAUUCCUUGCUUCCAGGAUUCAAGUUCGAGGAAGGGUUCACCGAAGAUGACGAGUUGUGGAAGGGUUACGAAGGGGAAACCUCUGAUGCUCAACUCAAGAGGACUAGGGCUGUUUUGGAUGAUAUCUUCAGCAACGAUGACAAUACGUGGAUCAGUAUCACCAGCCACUCUGGCCAAAUCAGCACUAACCUAAAGGUGUUGAACCACAUUGCGUUCAGCUUGUCGACAGGCCAGGCAAUCCCAGCUCUUAUCAAGGCGCAGAACCUCCGUAAAGUCGAGUCAGCUACAACCACUGUUCAAUCGUGGACAGCCGAGGCCACGUGUAAUGCGCCUCCGGUUACAAGUAUAUCUGGUCAAGGUUGCGUCUGCUCAAGUGCUACGUCCUCAUUAGUCGCGGCUACAGCUACGAUGACCACAGCAUAG